AUGGAUGAACAGGUAAUAUUGUCAUUUCUUGAUACUGACAUGUAUAAGUUAACCAUGCAUGCCGCAGUGUAUACCAACUUUCCAAAUGCUUUUGUUACCUACAAAUAUAUCAAUAGGACUCCUGAAUUACAUUUUAACGCAGAUGCUAUUGAUUGGCUUAAGAAGCAAAUUUCUUUCCUCUCUAAUAUUCGCUUUACAGAAGAUGAGAUAGAGUAUUUAAGAAAAGUUAUCCCAUAUCUUCCAGAAAAUUAUUUCAAGUAUAUCUCUAAUGGGGAGUUUUGCCUAAAACCCAAUGAGCAGCUUGCAUUUAGCGCUUUACCAACUGAUGUUGAUGGUAUGUUUAAUUUGGAGAUAGUUGUGAAAGGCUUGUGGAGCGAAACUAUACUCUAUGAAAUCCCACUUUUGGCAUUAAUUUCAGAGGCUUACUUCAAGUUUGUUGAUACGGACUGGAGUAUGGAUGGUCAGGUUCAACAAGCGUAUGAAAAAGCGAAAAUGUUAUUCGACAAUAACAUUUCUUUCACUGAAUUUGGAACAAGACGUCGUAGAUCACUAGAAGUUCACAAUUUUGUUAUAGAGGGCAUCCUUAAAGCAGCACAUGAAAAUACCAAUGCCACUUCGUUGCUUCUUGGUACAUCGAAUGUCUAUUUUGCCAGAAAAUACGGCAUUCCUCCUACUGGAACGGUUGCUCAUGAAUGGAUAAUGGGCGUUGCAUCUGCAACUGACGACUAUAUAAAUGCAAACAAAAACUCUAUGGAUUACUGGGUCAAAACUUUUGGUUGGGAUGAUGCUGGACUUGCUCUAACUGAUACCUUUGGAACCGAUCAGUUCCUAAAAUCGUUUCUUCCACCAUAUUCCGAUGCAUAUGCUGGUGUUAGACAGGAUUCUGGUGACCCAAUAACAUUUACUCGCAAGAUAUCCGAUCAUUAUCAUAACAAACUCAAAUACCCUAGCUUUUCUAAAACGAUUUGUUACUCAGAUUCGCUAAAUCCGACUAAGGUACUCGAAUACGCGAAAGUCGCCAAGCAAUACGGUAUGAAAUGCUCAUUUGGAAUCGGAACUAACUUUACUAAUGACUUUUACCGUCAUAGCAACCCCAAUGAAAAGAGUGAACCAUUGAAUAUAGUCAUAAAGUUACAGGAAGUGAAUGGUAAUGACGCUGUUAAGAUAUCCGACAAUAUUGGGAAGAACAUUGGCGACCCAGACAAGGUUCGAGAGGUUAAGAAACAACUAGGCUAUGUAGAAACGAAAUGGGAAGGUGGAAAUGAAGCUCAUAGAUGGGCGUAG